AUGCUCGACGUGCUUCUCUCCAUACCCCUUAUCUCCUACUUCCUCUUCCCCUCAACAGGGGCCUCGCUAUCCACCUCGGUCAACCUCUUCUUCUUCUACGUGACGUGGACCAGCCUGGCCUUUUCGCACAACCCGCUGGAAAUCCACCUAUCGGGGCUGCUGGUCCUCCGCGUCGUCUUCUGGCUCGCCCCGGCUCUUAUCUUCCUCCUCUUCGAUAUCGCCCUCCCGAGCCUCUCCGUAGGGUUCAAGCAUGGCGGCCGGAGCGCUAUGCCGCCCCGCGCUUUCCGUAAGUUAGCCGGCAUGCUAGGCCGAGCCCUUCUUAACGUGCUCUUCCUGCUGGCUGUCGAGGCCGCCAUCAGUAUGGCCUAUGCGGCAGCCUUCAAGAGGUACAUCUUCAGGAUGAGCACCGCCCUGCCCUUCCCGUGGAUUAUCCUGAAGCACUGCCUCGUCAUCCUGGCCUCGCGCGAGGUGCUACGCUACUACCUGCACCGGCGGGUGCUGCACGGCGAUUUGCCCCUCGCCAGGGAGCACGCGCGCUACGCCCACGACCGCCCCAGCGCGCCGUACAGCCUCCAGGUCUUUACGGACCACCCGCUGGCGCUCUUGGUCUAUCGCUUCGUCCCCAUCUUCCUGCCCGCGGCCUUAAUCCGGACCCACAUCCUCAUCUACUUUCUCGUCGUCAUCCUCACCACCGUCGAGGACACGCUGACUAUGUCUGGGUACACCUUCAUCCCUGGCAUCCUCAUGAGCGGCAUCACGCAGCGGACGGCCAUUCACUACGCCGGCGGGGGCUCCUCCAACUACAGCGGGCUGGGCGUUAUGGACUGGGUCCACGGGACCAGUAAGGGCCGCGAAGUCUUAAUGGAGGUGAAGAAUAGCGCAGAUAAGCAUGAUGUGCAAGAGCGUGCAGCGAAAAGGGUCGGUAAAGGCAGCGACAUCGUCAAGGAUGGCAUCGACUCUCUAAAGAAGCGGGCUAGAGCUGGCAACUAA